GGAACUUACAGCAAUGUUGAUUCAUUGACACAUAAAGAGUCAUUUCAAUGGCUAACUGAGCAAUGGAAUUUAUAGUGUACUUGCAAGGCAAGCACGUUAGAGAUGACUUCAAAUCCUUAAAAGGGCACUAAUUUUAUCCUGAAAUCUAAUCAGUGUUCCAAAAAACAAAACAGUAACAUCAGACACAACAUUGGCCCCUUCUUUGUUUUAAAUGCAAAGGGAGAACAGAUUCUAAAGCAGCUCAUUUAGGUUCUAUUCACUGGUUCUUUCUCCCCCUCCCCCAGGAUUAACUCUGUGAUGUUAUUAUAAUUUAUCGUUUCUCCUGGAUGUUUCUGUGGGGCCUAAGGCAUACUUCUGAGAAAGAAACAGCCUCCCUCUCAUUCAUGCUGGGUAUGAUAUGGAUGCAGACUACCUCGGUGCAAAUCCAGGGAAAUUUUGCUAAUUCCAUUGGAAUUACUCUGAAUUUACCCCAAGUCUGGAAAGGCGCGCUGGAGAAAACCCACUCUUUGCAUACAAGAGGACUCAUUGAAUUAGCAGGAGCCAUAUCCUGUGGCACAGGACGCAAUGCUUUGGCAUAUCUAGGUUACGGCUGCUACUGUGGUCUGGGAGGACGAGGCUGGCCUAAGGAUGAUGUAGACUGGUGCUGUCACAAGCAUGACUGCUGCUAUGACAAGGCAGAGCGGGAAGGCUGCAACCCCAAGAUGCUGAGAUAUGAAUGGACUUGUGAACGCAACACCGUGGUGUGCAAUAGGCUGACAGACCGAUGCCAAAAAAUGGUGUGCCAAUGUGACCGAGAAGCAGCCAGAUGUUGGGGCAUAGCCCCUUAUAACCCCCACUACGUCCUCUGGCCAGAUUUCUUGUGUGGACAGACUAACCCCAUGUGCCAGUUGACUUAGAUAUUGAGGGGCAAGACUUAUCUUCUGGGGACAUUUUUCUAUUUUCUAAGAUACCACAAUAAAAUUGUUCAUCUUUGAUCAAGACUGAUGAGGGGGCUAGAGAAUUUCUGCCAGAAUGCUGGUGGCCAGGAGAGAAAAAGGAGUGGUUAGGCACCUCCUUGGUCUUUAGAAGUAAGGCUCAGGGCCUGCCCCCAACCCGGCUUCUUUAGUUGAAGAGGGCCAAAGGCAUCUAAUAGCACACCACAGCAAUACUGAACACUGCAGUUACGGAGAGAAAGAAAACAUGUUGGCAGUAGCCACUGGCACGCUGUCCUUUCACGUUGCCUUAUACUGAGCCCCCAUACAUUGUGGAAAGCAUGGGAAUGCUCUGUUUGGUUGUCAUUAAUACCCACUGAUGGCUACACUGUCCAUCAAAGACUCAAAAUGGCUGACGUCGGAAGUGCAGAAGCCAUCUUUAAGUCCAGGGGCUCCUGGAGAUGGAUAGAUAGGAGUCCCUCAUUUCCUCUAUCACAAGAGGCCAUCUGCAUAAAGAUGUGGUGGUUACUUCUCUUUAAAAAGGAAUCCGGACUCCAGACAGGAACCCUGGUCAGGGCAAGAAUUGAACAUUUGUCACAUUUUUGUGUCUCUGAAAGUACUGGCCCAUAGUGUCCUCUUUUUCUCAUCUUCACACAGCUAGGAACACCUCUGAGAAGAACUUCAGAGUUGAGAGGAGAGCACAUUUGCCUUUUGGGUACUCAUCAAAUCCUGGACUCACCAGAGUGUAUAGGGUCCACUGCUCCACAUUUUAGAUCCUGAUCUGUAUCUGUCCUGUACGAUCUUGGCUUAUCCCACUUUCGCAGCAGUAUAUGAUUGCCUUCAGAAAUAUUAAACCAUGACACUAAGAAUGUAGACAGCAUUAUUCAUGUUAAAGAAACCAUGUAAAGUUUUUCAUUCUGCUCUUAGUUGUGUUCUUUAUUUUUGGGUCUCUACCUCACACAUUUGAGUCUUAGCAUGAGAAAAUGGACAUGACUUAACUUACUCGCAUCAGCCAGUGUAAAGUUGGGCAGAACUGCAGUGUGGUGGGUGGUCUGGCCGUGAUGGUUUUGGCAGAGUGGGAUAGCUUGAGUACUACGGAUGUGAAGGACAUGUCAACAGGAUAGUUGACUAGUCGCUUCCACCCCUCUUGCUGCCUCUGUCAGAAAGAGGCAGCAAGGAAGGGGAGAAGAAGGGGGUACUUCAAAGCAGUAG